GGGCCGCGGCUGGUGUCGGUGCGAGCCGGGGAGAGACCCUGCGGGGGGCGGCGGGGAGGACACGGAUCCGGAUCCCGAUCCAGUGCGGCGGCGGCAGUGGCGGCAGUGGCGGCGGUGGCGGCAGUGGCGGCGGUGGCGGCGGUGGCGGCGGUGGCGGCGGUGGCGGGAGGAGCCGGAGCGGCGCGCUGUGGAGGAAGGAAGCGCAGGGCUGGCCGCUGCGUGUGCAACCUGGCUGUUCCUGCUGCCAGCGCUGCCUGACAGCCGCCCGCCGCGGGUGUUGUCGCCGGGAUCUUUGGCGGCGGGGGGAAGAGCAAGCAGUCCUGCACAGCCCCGAGGCGUGAUUGAUAGCGAGCAAUAAUUAACUGAAGGAGGACGGGGGUGGAGGAAGACGAAGGAGGAAGGCACCGCGCGGCAGAGCACAGCCGAGCCAGCGAACGGCGGCGGGACGCGGCAACUUCGGCCGCAGCGGAGGAGCCGGAGCCGUGACCGCAGCGGCCGCCGCCGCCUCAGCCCGCGCCUGCCCUGCCCGAGGGGGGAGAGCCUCGUCGCCUCCCCGGCCGCCGGACAUGUCGGAGCAUAAGGCCGUUGAUCCCAAGUUAUCGACGACGGACAGGGUGGUGAAAGCUGUCCCAUUUCCUCCAAGUCACCGUCUCACAGCUAAGGAAGUGUUUGAUAAUGAUGGAAAACCUCGUGUGGAUAUCUUAAAGGCACACCUCAUGAAAGAAGGGAGACUGGAAGAGAGUGUCGCUUUGAGAAUAAUAACAGAGGGAGCUUUGAUUCUCCGCCAGGAAAAGAAUUUGCUGGACAUAGAUGCACCUGUCACAGUUUGUGGAGACAUCCAUGGUCAGUUCUUUGACUUGAUGAAACUGUUUGAAGUGGGAGGUUCUCCUGCCAACACGCGGUAUCUCUUCCUGGGGGACUACGUGGACAGAGGGUACUUCAGCAUUGAAUGUGUGCUGUACUUGUGGGCCUUGAAAAUCCUUUACCCCAAAACACUGUUUUUACUUCGUGGGAACCAUGAAUGUAGACAUUUAACAGAGUAUUUCACAUUUAAGCAAGAAUGUAAAAUCAAAUAUUCAGAACGUGUAUAUGAUGCCUGCAUGGAUGCCUUCGACUGCCUUCCCCUGGCUGCUCUGAUGAACCAACAAUUCCUGUGUGUACAUGGUGGCUUGUCUCCAGAGAUCAACACCUUAGAUGACAUCAGAAAAUUAGAUCGAUUCAAGGAACCACCUGCAUAUGGACCUAUGUGUGACAUCCUGUGGUCAGACCCGUUGGAGGACUUUGGAAACGAGAAGACUCAGGAACACUUCACUCACAACACAGUCAGGGGGUGCUCAUACUUCUACAGUUACCCUGCUGUAUGUGAAUUCCUACAGCACAAUAACUUGUUAUCCAUACUCCGAGCUCAUGAAGCCCAGGACGCUGGGUAUCGUAUGUACAGGAAAAGCCAAACAACAGGCUUCCCUUCGCUAAUCACUAUUUUUUCAGCACCAAACUAUCUAGAUGUAUACAAUAACAAAGCUGCAGUAUUGAAAUACGAGAACAACGUUAUGAAUAUCAGGCAGUUCAACUGCUCCCCUCAUCCGUAUUGGCUUCCAAACUUCAUGGAUGUGUUUACCUGGUCCUUGCCGUUUGUUGGGGAGAAGGUGACAGAGAUGCUGGUAAAUGUGCUGAACAUCUGCUCAGAUGAUGAACUGGGAACAGAGGAAGAUGGAUUUGAUGGGGCAACAGCUGCUGCUCGAAAGGAGGUUAUAAGGAACAAGAUACGAGCAAUAGGAAAAAUGGCUAGAGUUUUCUCAGUGUUAAGAGAAGAGAGUGAGAGUGUGCUGACACUGAAAGGUUUGACUCCAACAGGAAUGCUACCCAGUGGUGUGCUCUCUGGAGGAAAACAAACACUGCAAAGUGCUAUCAAAGGAUUUUCACCCCAGCAUAAGAUCACUAGUUUUGAAGAGGCCAAAGGCUUAGAUCGAAUUAAUGAGCGAAUGCCUCCACGCAGAGACGUGCCAUCUGAUGCCAACCUGAACUCCAUCAACAAGGCAAUCUCCACAGAGACUAAUGGCAUGGACAGCAAUGGCAGUAAUAGCAGCAAUAUCCAGUGACCACUGUCUGGGAGGGGGGUUGAGCUGCAGGGCACAAUGGGGUUGCUACACGUCAGCAGUGGGAUGUUCUUGCCUCUGAUAAUAGCUUACUUGCUCUGGGGGCCAGGUAUUGGAUUCAGUUUACAAAAAUCAUCAACAAAGAGAUCGUCAACUUUAAUUUGGUGGGAGGGCGGGUGGGGGAGAGACACCUCCUUUGGAUAUGCCUUUAAAUGCUUGUAGAAAAAUAAAAACUCAUGGUGGUAUAUAUUGCAAAGUUAGGGGAGUGAACAUGUUUUCCUACUACAUUGGGAACAUCUAGCUAUGUUACUGCAAGGCCUUUUAUUAUGUUACCGGACGUGAAAACUUUGUUUAAUUUCUUACUAACUAUUGUACGUUUACAGUUGCAGCACUCAGCAUCUACAACAUCAAAACGUUUUUAACAAAAUGUACAAACUAAAUAAGGACUAUUUAUUGAUAAUGUUUUGCUACUCUUGUCAGACAAUGGCUAUGAAAUAAAUUAGGCACUCUUUAAAAAUAUAGAGAAAAAAGAAAAAAAAAAAGUUGGAAAUUUGUUUAAAAUGCCAAAAAAAAAAAAACCCACGAGAGAGAGAGUGAGAGCGAGUGAGAGCGACAGUUUAAUUUUGUACAGAUUAUGCUUACCUCAGGUUUCUUUAGUGUGCUUCAAUGCCCUUCUUUAAAUAUAACACCUUACUAAUGUGGCAGCAAUUAUCUUUUUUUUUGUUAAAAAAACAACUGGAAUAAUAACAUGUAUGUUUUUUUGCUGUUUAUAUUUAGGAGAGUUUGGUUUGGGAGGUUUUCUGGUUUUUUUUUUGGUAAAACAAGUCUUGGUUGUGGCUUGCUGAAUUUAAAUAUUUAUGAAUGGUGCAUUUUUAAGUAUAGUGAACAAGACACCAUAUUAAGUGCAGUGAAAAGCAUCUAUAUUCUGUAAAAAUCUGCCUAUGCAUGUUUUUUAAGAAAAAAUGGCUGUAUAGGCCUGUAUGGGACUGUAAUGCGCUUAGUGGUCUGACUUAUACUGGAAAUGUAUGUAUACUGGCAUACUUUAUAUUCUCUAAAAAGAAAAUGCUUAAUGCCUUUGAAAUUUUGUAAUCAAAAAAAAGCUUUGAAAAAUCUUAGGGGGAGAGUAUUCCUAAAGUUUUUAACAUAAGCUUGUCAGUGCACAUAUAGAUGGAUAGCAUGUUUAGAAAACCUUGUGAAAUUUAAAUAAGUUUGUAGUUACAUGUGAAAUUCUAAAUGCAUGAUAACUGUUAAUGUCAUAAUGGUUUAGUCAUUUUGUUCUGUUUUGUCACGUGCCACAAAAUCUGUAAUUUUUUCACUUUUUUUCCCUUUGUAUAUCAGUUACGGGUUUCAACUGGUUCAUUCUAAAAAAGAAAAGGAAACAAAACAAACAGUCCAUUGAUAUUUUUUAACAAUUGUAUAAGUGCCCAAGUAAUUCACUACAGCCUACAGCCUUGCCUUUGUAAUUUGACUUUGAAAUGUUGGCAAUCAAAGCAUGCACUUGUAACAAUGAAAGAAGCAUUUUAUAUUACUACUCAAUAAAAAUGUGCAUGAACUUAA